GAGGUAGCCUCGCUUAAAGCCACCUUACGUGGCCUAGUUUGACCGAAGGGACGAUAGCCAUUUGGUUUCCGAAGAUAAUUCAUUCCAAAUUUAAGGAGCCAAAUUUUGGUAAAUAUGCAGUAUCUUAAGAGGGAUAAAAAGGACGAGGAGUCAGGAUCUGGUGUUAAUCCAUUCCAUACUAUUGAUAAAAGCACAGUAUUGCAAGAGUCUCGAACAUUUAAUGAUACUCCAAUCAACACCAGAAAAUGCAUCCACAUACUUACAAAGAUCCUGUAUUUGCUGAAUCAUGGCAGCCAUUUUGGGACUACAGAGGCCACAGAAGCCUUUUUUGCCAUGACCAAGCUGUUCCAAUCAAGAGAUCAUACAUUGAGGCGAAUGUGCUAUUUGGCAAUCAAAGAGCUGGCAAAUGUUGCAGAGGAUGUCAUCAUCGUAACAAGCAGUUUAACCAAAGAUAUGACUGGAAAGGAAGAUAUCUUCAGAGCCAGUGCAAUCAGGGCGUUGUGCAAAAUAACAGACAGCACAAUGCUAGCUGGCAUUGAGAGAUAUUUGAAGCAGGCGAUUGUCGACAAGAAUCCGUCAGUUUCAAGUGCAGCCUUAGUUUCAUCUCUGCAUCUCCUCAAGCCGAAUUUUGACGUCGUGAAAAGAUGGGUGAACGAAGCCCAAGAAGCUGUUUCUAGUGACAAUGUCAUGGUUCAGUACCAUGGACUUGGUCUUCUUUACCACGUAAAGCAACAUGACCGACUGGCUGUAUCUAAGUUGAUUGCAAAGCAGUCGAGACAGUCACUGAAGUCUCCUUACGCCUAUUGUCUUUUGAUUCGCAUUGCUGCCAAAUUCCUAGAUGAUGAUCCAGAUAGCCCUGAAAAUGCCAGGUUGUAUGAUUUCUUGGAAAGCUGCCUGAGGCACAAAAGUGAGAUGGUAGUUUACGAAGCAGCAAGAUCUCUUGUCAAUUUAAAGAACAUGAAGUCUAAGGAUUUGUGUUCGGCUGUUUCAGUUCUUCAACUGUUCCUGAGUUCUCCGCGACCCACAUUACGGUUUGCCGCCGUGCGUACCUUGAAUAAAGUCGCCAUAAUGCAGCCUACCUCGGUCACAACAUGCAACCUCGAUCUGGAGAACUUGAUCACCGAUGUCAACCGCAGUAUUGCUACGCUGGCAAUCACCACCCUCCUUAAGACUGGAAAUGAGAGCAGCGUGGAUCGCCUGAUGAAGCAAAUCUCUUCGUUUAUGUCUGAAAUAUCAGAUGAAUUCAAGAUUGUUGUUGUCGAUGCUAUCAAGUCCUUGUGUCUGAAGUUUCCAAGAAAGCAUAUGGUUAUGCUGACCUUUCUCUCUUCCAUGCUUCGUGACGAGGGUGGAUUUGAAUACAAGAAAGGCAUUGUUCUGGCAAUAAUAAGCAUCAUUGAAGAGAACCCCGAUGCCAAGGAGACUGGAUUGUCACAUUUAUGUGAGUUCAUCGAAGACUGUGAGCACGUGUCAUUGGCUACACGAAUCCUGCAUCUGCUCGGCUGUGAAGGGCCUAAAACAUCGAAUCCUUCAAAGUUUAUUCGUUACAUCUACAAUCGUGUGAUUCUUGAGAAUGCCGAAGUACGAGCAGCUGCUGUCAGCUCCUUGGCCAAAUUUGGAGCACAUUGUGACUCUCUGCUUCCAAGCAUUCUUGUGUUGCUAUCCAGAUGCAUGAUGGAUACUGAUGAUGAAGUGAGAGACAGAGCUACCUUCUUCUUUCAUGUCUUAAACGAAAAAGACAAAUCUUUGUCCUCAGCUUAUAUCCUGAACACCUUGAAUGUUUCUGUUGUUGGCCUCGAACGUGCUCUAGCAGCGUAUCUUGGCAAUGUGUCUGACAAUGCAUUUGACUUGAAGACCGUGCCUAUUUCAACUGCUCCAAUCCACGAACAAAAGCCAACCAAGAAAGUUAACGAAGCAGCCCCUGCGAAGGCUGCCCCCGUUGCCACAAGCCAAGAUGUGUAUGCAGAACAAAUGGCAUCAGUACCAGAGCUUGCAAGACUCGGUCCUUUGUUCAAAUCUUCUCCCAAGCCAAUUGAUCUCACCGAGACUGAAACGGAGUAUUAUGUGCAGUGCAUCAAACACACAUUCCAGGAGCAUGUUGUCUUCCAGUUUAAUUGCAAGAACACCCUCGAUGAUCAGAUUCUUGAGGAUGUCACCGUUGAAAUGGAGACUGGUGACGACUUCCAGGUUGAGACCUCAAUCCCAUGCCCUAAACUUGUCUACAAUGUUCCUGGAACAACAUACACGUGCGUGCGAAUUCCGGAAGACCCUACUUCAGUGACUGGCUCAUUUUCCUGUACAAUGAAAUUCGUUGUCAAAGACUGCGAUCCUACAACCCAGGAGCCUGAUGAUGAUGGCUACAACGAUGAAUAUGUGCUGGAAGAUGUAGAAGUUGUUGUAGCAGAUCACGUGCAGGGUGUUAUGAAAACAAACUUCCUGGCCUCGUGGGACGAAAUCGGAGACUCCUGUGAAAUGGAAGAUACCUACGUCCUCUCAUCCAUGAAAGAUCUUGACGAUGCUGUCAAGAAAAUAAUACAAUUCAUGGGUAUGCAUGCAUGCGAAAGAUCUGAUCGUGUACCAGCAGACAAAAACUCGCACACGCUUCUUCUUGCUGGUGUUUAUCGUGGUGGAAUCGACGUGUUUGUUCGAGCUAAGCUGGCCUUUAAAGAUGGCGUUGCCAUGCACCUGACAGUUCGUAGCGCGGACCCCGUCGCCAGUGAGGUUGUGAUGUCGGCCAUUGGAUAAAAAUCUAGUAUCGAAAGACAAUAUGAUAGCUACAUUUAUACCUAAUGAAUUUAUGUUUAGUCCCUGGGAAAUUUUUUCAUUAUAUGUGAUGUGUCACCUUGGUUAAUUACUGUUAUUGUUGUGUCGACAAGGUGCUAAUGUUUGUACUCCAAUUAUAAUUUGAAGUUUGUUUAUUGUUAUUUUUUUAUCUCAAGAACAGCUAUAAUCCCAAACUCAACUUGUUGCAUUUCUGUAUCAAAUUUAUUCGAACAAAAUUCAGAAAAUAUUCAUCUAGACUUGAAAGAAAAAAACCUAGCUUUACGUAUUUGCUAGCCAAACCAUUAACAGAUUUCGACCAGAGUAUUCGAAUGAAACUAAAUCUUUUCAUAAAGUACAUUAGAAAGAUAUCUUGAAAGAAUAGCUAGUCUUAUAUGUGGGGAUUUUUUGCAAAAAAAUGAAUCCAAUGGCAAUUGCUUUUUCCCAGGGGCUAGUUUAGUGUUCUUCUUAGAGAUAUCAUAAACUUGGAGUUAGAUAAAAGUGAUGCGAAUUAUAAAAAAUCUCAUAUA